AUGGCAGUAGAUGAAGUUGGUGAAGGUAGUUUGCUCGGAGGUUCACCGAAACCGGAGGCCGCAAAGAAGAGAUUGUCAUCGGCUGGCUCGAAUUCUUCGCAAGCAGAGAGUAAUCGCCCACCACGACGCAAAGCGGGCCCUAUUUCGUCAGAUUCGUUGUCCAAAUGGAGGCGGCGAUGGCGACGUGAAAUGUCUUCAGCUUCAUCAGUUGCUUCGUCAGCUUCAUCUACCAUUUCAUCGAUGUCCGAUCUGGAUUCAGCUCCAGCUUCACCGUACAGUGCUGAUCUCUGCUCUGGUGAUAAUCUGUCAAUUGUUGGCACAGAAACUGAGCCAUCAACGUCCAGCCUCAAUGGCAGUGUUGAUGAAAAACUGAAUGGUGAAUUAAGAAGCCGAAAACGAAGCGCUUCUGCGAGCCGUUUUUCGCCACCGGCAGAGAAGAAAUCGCGUGAAGAUGAGAUGAAAACAAGGCUGGAUGAGUCGACAUUGAAGGAGAAGAAAAUACUCAUGGGCCGAUUUGUAAGAAAACUUGCACGAGGCGAAACAGUGAUGAAAAUGAUACUGGACGAAAUGAAAAGUCUUUGUAUUGUGGAUCGACGAAUAUGCUUGCGCUAUGCGUUACGUGAAGCAAGGCGAUUUCGACGGAAACCGCUAGUUGAUCUCAUGAUGCAGCAGCUGAAUCAAAUUCCGGAUGCUUCAAGCAUUGAAAUUGUGUAA